AUGUCCAUACAACGGAUCAGAUGGAUAGAAAUGGUGAGAGAGGGAGAGUCAUAUCAUACAGUCAGGGUACUUGGUCAUAAAUAUUCACAACUUCGAAUUGGAUCUCGUGAACAGUUGCCCAGCCAUCAAACGCAAUAUCACGCACCACGAUUUGACAAAAAAUGGUCUUGUGAGCUUGAGACGCAAAUACAGUUACACCAAUACAACGACAAGAAGAGGUCACAUCAUUGGGAGACAUCGGGCAGAGCAGGUGUCAGUUCUGUACGCCUUCGCUUGCAUGUAAGGGUAGAACGAGGUGGAUAUCCGGGGCAACCUGUAGGGAGUGGGAGACGUGCAGAUGAGUGCGCAUAUCGCUUGUCAGUCAAAUGGGGAACCGGCGGCAGCUUGAUCGCGAUGACCAGAUCACCAGUUAAGAGCCCGAGGGCACACUCUUUCAUAGGAGACCCCCUCCACUUCCCAUGUGCAAGAGAACAGCACCGGAAAAUGUCAACCGACGGAAGUGGCGCCAAUAAAAGACAAGCCCAACCCCGGUUGGUUGGAGGGCAUGGCUUGCUGUUCGUAAGCGAAAAGCGAUGGUUCGAUUGUUCCACGAGAUUUAAAAAAUCGGUGCCCGCCAACAUACGAUCCCCCGAUUUAAGGUUUCCCCCCAUCUACUUCUAUCACUUUGCAAGUUCAGAGGCAGAGAUCCAUCAGCUUUUCAAGGCUUGA